CUUAUCUAUUAACAGUGCCACCUGAAGAUUUUUAUUUGAAGAGACAUUUCACAAAAAACUGGUCUUCUAUUGGCUGAUUUUUGUGAACACCUUUAUUUCUUUUUUUUCUAAACGAAGAUGCCACGGUCCAAGAAGAGGAGAGGGGCCCCGCAGAGAGCUGGGCAGCCUUUCAGUGACGAGGACGUCUCCAUAGAAACGCUCAGCCACUGCAGCAGCUUCAGCGACUCGGCCAGCCUGCCGGAGGAAGCAGGAGGGGACGGGAUGGAGGAUGGGGUCCUGGAGAACUUCCAGUACAAGCUGAAGGGUUUCAUCGACAGCACCGUGGACAAGAGUGCGAAAACUAGGCAGGGAGCUCUGGACGGGUUGAAAACUGCCAUGGCAACAAAAAUCCUGUACGAGUUCAUCUUGGAGAGGAGGAUGACCAUCACUGACAGCAUCGAACGCUGCCUGAAGAAAGGUAAGGGGGAGGAGCAGGGAGCGGCCGCCUCCCUGGCCUGCCUGCUCUGCAUCCAGCUGGGCUCCGGCAUCGAGAGCGAGGAGGUGUUCAAGACCCUCAAGCCCGUCUUCAAGAACAUCCUCAACGACGGCUCUGCCAACCUGCAGGCCAGACAAGCAUGCGCGACCAGUCUGGGCGUCUGCAGUCUGGUCUCAGAGGAUGACAUUCUGGACGUGUACGGCACCAUGGAGGGCUUCGAGAGCCUGUUCAGCAGGUCCUACGCCCGGCCAGACGGGACGCGGCCCGUCUUCAGCCCCCAGGUCACCCUGCUGCACCACCACGCCCUGCUGGCCUGGGCCCUGCUCCUCACCAUCUGCCCCCCCGCCCAGCUGCGCUGCAUCAUCCGCAAGCACCUGCCCAGGCUGCCCAGCCUGCUGGAGUGUGAGGACGUGAACAUGAGGAUCGCUGCAGGAGAGACCGUGGCCCUCCUGUUUGAGCUGGCCAGGGACCUGGACCCUGAGUUUGAGUACGAGGGCCUGGACCCUCUGUGCACGAAGCUCAGCUCUCUGGCCACCGACUGCAACAAGCACCGAGCCAAGAACGACAAGAGGAGGCAGAGAUCUGCGUUCCGGGACGUCCUGCGAGCCGUGGAGGAGGGCGACUUCCAGAGCGAGACGAUCCGCUUCGGUACGGAGCGCAUGGACCUCGACAGCUGGGUGAGGAAGAGGACGUACGAAGCAUUCCGGGAAUUUGUGGGCUCUGGAAUGAACUACCAUCUGCAGGCAAACGAGUUCAUCCGCAGCGUGUUUGAGCUGGGACCCCCGAUGAUGAUCGACUCGGCCACACUGAAGGCCAUGAAGAUCUCCCGCUUCGAGAGGCACCUGUACAAUGCAGCCGCCUUCAAAGCCCGCACCAAGGCCAGGAACAAGGUCCGGGACAAGAGGGCGGACAUCGGCGAAUUCUAAACCUCUACUGCCGUCCAGCUCGCUUCCCUUUUCACAGUUAUCAUUUUCAUGUACGGUUAAACUGAAAUGUAAAUUACCGCCAUUAUUACCGUUAAAUUAUCUGUGUAUAUAUUUAGAUUUACGAAUACGAAUUUGAAUACCUGUAACCUUGGUAACAUUUUCAGUUGCACUAUGUAGUUCACCUUGACAUUUUCAUUUCAGGCAACCAUGAUGUUCUCUUGUAUUUUUGUUGUACAUUUUGUUAUGUCUGAAUUCACGGAAUACCUGUACAGAGUGGCAGGCCGAUCUUAAAGAUACCUGUCCUUUUACCCCACAAAUAGGAGGAGAAUAACCUCACAAACCUCAAAGUGGGUCAAGCUAAUAUGUGCCAUAAAGGAUUUGCUGUUUGUAACUAAUCAUACUGUUGUGUUGUAGAGGAUACAAAUCUUCUGAUUGGUUUGUGUGUCAGUGAUGGACAGUACACCACAGCUCCGCCCAUUUUGGGGCGAGUGGCGCCUCAUGGGCAUCUGCGCUCUUUGGUGACAUCUAGUGGAAGAACACUGUUACUGUGCCCCUGUGAGACGAGAUGCCACUUUGAAUGCAGACAUGCUGCACAGACGGACCAGGCCAAAUGGCACACGCUCGGUGCUAGAGGGUAAUAAACUCAACCACUGAA